AUCUUCUUCUCUUGGUUAAGGUCCUGUCGACAAUGAUGGAGGAGAAGCAGACUUAUGCAGUGUUGCUAUGGGUAGUGAGAAAUCAGUGGCAUGGGAAAGCGACGCAAUGGGAUGAGAGUGUGGUGGCGUGCGGUAGUUGAAGGACAAUAAACUUUCGUUCUCGAACUGGCGGUGUAUGGGGCCUUGGAAACAGUAGCUGUUGGUCUGUAGUGGUGUUUGUUUGUGAAUCUGCAGAUGAGGAAAAAGCGAAAUUUUCGUGACUAUACCCCUAAUUUUCUGAAAGUUUCUUUAAUUUGAGUGGGAUUGUACUAAAGUCAAUGUUCUAUUGUAGUUAAUAGAAUUGGAUUGUUUCU